CGACGAUCAGUCUUCUGACACAGCACGUCUUGUUCGCACGCGCGCUCUCCGCAUCGCACGAUUUUCAUUUCCAAACCAUAACGUCCGUUUGGUCCGUAUCGUUUGCUCGACGCCGCCGCUCUGAUCGCGUGCGCGCACAUGACACUAUCCGCCGUUCGUCAUUAUCGUUUUAUUUUUAUAUUUUCCUAUAGUUAUUAUUUGUGAUUUCGCGUUUUAAGACGUAUCGUCCGAAAAUGGUGACCAAAUCGCUGAACGGACCCAGUUUCACCAUCAACCACAUAUUGGGCCGUCUGGACGUGGACGACGAACGCGACUGCAAGAGUCCCGGACCGUCGACCAGCCGGUCGUUCACCACCGGCAGCGAGGCCAGCGACUGCAGCGGCGACGACUGUCUGUGCGCCCCGGUCGACUACAGCACGCGGCCGGGCGGCAGCCCGUCGCCGACGCCCGGUGACCUGCACCGCCAUCACCGCGGUGGCCAUCACCACCAGCACCACAACAGGCGCGCGCAUCCGACGUCGCCGGCCGCGGUCGACAUCAAACCGGAAGAGGAAGACGACGACGACGACGACGACGAGGAAGCCAACAGUCUGCCGAAGGGCGACAAAUCGCCGCAGCGAGACGGCGCCUGCGCCAAAGACGGUAAGGACGACGCGGCCGCGACGCCGCCGAUAGACGACAAAAACAAAAAGCCCAAUUACAGUUACAACGCGCUGAUCAUGAUGGCCAUAUCGGAAAGCCCGCAGAAGCGGCUCACGCUCAGCGGCAUCUACGAGUACAUCAUGAACAAGUUCCCGUUCUACCGGAUGAACACGCCCGCGUGGCAGAACAGCAUCCGGCACAACCUGUCGCUGAAUAAGUGUUUCGUCAAGAUCCCGCGGAGCUUCGACGACCCGGGCAAGGGCAACUACUGGAUGAUCGACCCGAACAGCAGCGACGUGUACAUCGGCGGCACCACCGGCAAGCUGCGCCGCCGGUCCACGCAAUCGUCCCGGCACCGCAUCACGUACAGGCCGCCCAUGCCGCCGCACGGCGUGGUCAUGCCGCCGUCGCCGCACCAUCACCAUCACCAUCACCACCACGCGGCCGCCGCAGCCGCAGCAGCCGCCGCCGCGUUCUACCACCACCGCGGCGGUCCGCCGCACCACCCGGCCGCCGGCGCGUCCGGCUGGCCCGGCGUGGCCGAUUACCCGUCAGCCGCUGCCGCCGCGGCCGGCUUCGACUACCUGCACCAGUACUUCUGGCCACCGUCCGUGGCGACGUCCACCGCCGGCGCGUACCAGCAGCGGCCGUCGCCGUCACCGCCCGCCGCGUCCACCGGCUACUCCAUCAGUCAGCUGCUCAGGCCCACCCUGCAGGUGCCGCCCAAGAGGCCCACGGCCGUCAUGCACCCCGCUGCCGCCGGCGCCCUGCUCCAGGCCACCAUGGGCCGUCACCAUCAUCAUCUGCAGCAGCAGUAAGAGUAAAGAGAGAAAAAUGCAUUUUUUUUUUCAAAGUUACCCUAAGUAUAAUAUACCUAAAAUAUAUUAUACAAACGUGUACAUAUAAUAUUAUUACGUGUUAUUGUGAAUACGACUUUUACGCUGCUCCGGCUAUUCGAUUCCUACAGUGCUGUUUUAGGUAUAUAUACGUCACUAUUUCAUUUUUCUUUUCGUUUCAUAUAUAUAUAUAUAUAUAGUUGAUCUCUCUCGAAAAGAAACCAUAUUAUAUACUAUAAUUAUCAUUAUAUGUACAUAUUAUAAUAUAGUUACGACGUACACGCGUAUAAUAUAUUAUAAUGGAUAUGUGCGCCGUGUAUAUAUAUAUAUAUAUAUAUAUAUAUAAGUGUUGGAGAUAAUUUCUAUUUAUUUCGUUAUACUCGUGCUGAUGAUAAUAUUGGUACAUCGCGGAUGCAAACGAGAGAAUAGUUACACGAGUGGACGUCUCGAAUUUUCAACUCAUCUGUACUUUACACAAGCAAAUAUCAAUAUAUUAUGUAUGUUACGUGUCUAUGUUCUAGUCACACGAGAUCGGCCUUUGUAUAUACGCAUACGCGAGUACAUUUAGGUACAUUUAUAUUGUAAUACAAUGAUAGAGUUUGCGUGAUGCUUAUGGAUAUGUUUCCUAUAUGUAUGUAUAAUAUGUAUAUAUAGUUAUGUUAUUACGUAUUUGUAUUAUUAUAAUAACAAGCAUGUCACAAGUGCCUUAAAAUAACUAUAUAUAAUAUGUACCAUAUAUACGGCGGCCAACUAUGAUGUAUAGUACCUACUAUGUUUUAGAAUAUAAGUAAAUGCAGUACCUACCUAUAUAUAUAUAUGUUUUAGGAAAUAGGUGCAUUUUGAUUGUUAUUGAUAUUUUUAUGUUAUAUACGUUUGCGAAUUCGACAUUCGAUGGCGUCGUCAAGGAAAAAAAUUUAAAACGAAAAAAAAAUAAUAAUAAUAAUAGUAUUUAUAUAUAUAUUUUAUAUUAUGUACUCGUCUAUAUAAU